AACACAGCCCCGCGUUGCACCAAACGGGGGCCAUGGUGGGCUUGUGACAACCACUUGGACAUGUGCCCAAAGGCUUCAAUCACCGGGAACAUUCCUCAGGCGCUGCAUUCUGUUGCGAAGCAAAGAGCAAAAUCCAUAUUCCCGAUUCGAAUUCACAAUCAGACCCAUACCUCCUGCGACUCUCUCCCAACUGCUUAGGGACGGCAGAGAUCAGAUAUCGCCCACCAUUUUUACCCGCCGCCGCUGCACCCGAACAUGGCGGACAACCACGAGCACGAGGGUGCCUCUGUCAAAGAGCAGAUUGUCGAGGCCUGUCGUCGCAACAACGUCGAGCUGCUGCAAGAAAUCAUUGCCCAGUGCAAGAACGACGAUGAGAUUUCAAACCUAAUGAACCGCACCACAACCGUCAUGGGCAACCAUCUGUACCACGAGGCCGCGCUGCAAGGCAACUACGAAGUAAUAGACCUCCUCCUCGAUCAGCCAAACUUCGAAUGCGAUCCCGUCAACAGACAAGAGGGCGACACGCCCCUUCACUCGGCCAUCCGCUGGAUCAACUCGGAGCCCCCCGCCCAGCGCGAGUUCGGCAACGCCCUGGUCGAGAUGAUGCUCGAGGCAGGCUCAAAUCCGCGCGUCAAGAACAAGGCCAAACUCACAGCCCUCCAACUCGUAGACCCAACGAACAAGGCCUUGAGGGAGCUCAUCCAAAAGCACGAAUACGCCAGCCUAAACCAGGGCGAUUUCGUGGACGCAAGCGACGUUAAAACGGGUGGCUCGAGUUAUGCCAGCAACACGUUUGCCGAUGCCCCGGGUCCCGAGAGCGAUGACGACGCUGAGUUCAGUGGCAGUGAUGACGAGGAGAGGGCCGAGUUUGAGAGGAGGAAAGCUGCCAAGAAGUCCCGGUGAGCAUUGUUCUCGUACGAGCAAUGUCGCAA